AUGUUGCCAACUUGGUUGACCGAGGAAUACAUCCAGAGGGCUCUACAAGCCUUUUACAAGGACGAAGAUCUAAAAGUUCUUAAAGUCUCAUCCAAGGCGGCAACGGGAAAAGGUGAAAACUUUGUUGGCGUAAUGACUCGGAUCUGUGUUGACUUUGAACAGAAUGAUGGAUCUGUGCAAAGAAAAUCCUUUAUUAUGAAGAAAAUCUGCGGUACAGACGGCCCAGAGGCGGACAUUUUCCUCGAAUAUGAUGUCUACAAUAAGGAGAUGGACAUGUACGAUAUUGUGCUUCCCAAAAUGGCAGAUAUUUUAAAGAGUGCUGGAUUCACGGAAAAGUUUAUGGCGGAAGCUAUCGUCGUGGAUCGGGAGCGGACUACAAUUAUCCUAGAAGACUUGGCACCUCUUCAUUUUUCAAAUGCCGAUAGGUUGAAUCAAUUGGAUAUCCACCAUACUAAGCUGGUCCUGGACAUGUUGGCUAGAUUCCAUGCCGCUGCCAUUAUUCUCAAUCAAAGGGAACCGCAUCUACUCAGCCAGAAAAGCUUGCCAUAUUUUUUUACACCAGGGAAAAAAGGUUAUAAAGAUUUUUUCGACGGUAUUUUUAAGUCAUUCAUAAGAUACGUGAAAAGAACUCCGGACUUAAAUAGUCUUUAUAGUGCUAAGCUAGAAAAGCUUCGCCCCCAUUUGCUUAAAUAUGCGGCUCAAUCUAUUGAGGUUGGCGAAAAGGACCUUCAGACUCUGGUGCACGGCGACUGUUGGACCACAAAUGUAAUGUUCCAGUUCGACGACAAAGGAAAUCCCACUUCUGUCCUUCCUAUAGACUUUCAGUUCAGCUCGUGGACAUCGCCAGUGGUGGACUUGCACUAUUUGUUUAGUACAUCCCUACAACCCCCUGUAGAGGAACAGGAAGCUGAACUGGUUCAGUAUCACUACUAUGCUCUAAAGAAGACUCUGGAAGCACUGUCCUAUAAAGACAAAUUUCCCAGCCUAUUUGAGUAUCAGCUUCAAUUUGAACUGCGUCGAUUCAUAAGUGUCAUAGUUGCGACUUCGUUCCAGCCCUUUAUGGUGUAUGAGGGAAGUGAGAACCCCACAUUUCCCAACUUGUAUCAGGACACUCCCGAAGGAAUUAGGUUCCAGGAUUCUACGUACGAAAAUGUGGCUGUGCAAAAAAGGAUCGCAAAGUUGUUACCAUUGCUUGAUUCUAAGGGACUUUUAGAGCCUCAUUAA